GAAGCGUCCGGACAGCUGACUGGUGAUCACAUGACCCGUCGGCUACUUCCACUGAGUUGAAGCAGCAGCGGCGCGAAGUGGUGUAGGCAGCAGCAUCUCCAGUGCCCAAAUUGACACCAUGGCGACGACAGCGAUAUUCAAGGAGACCGCCAGUAUAAAGCAGGCUGUCUCUAUUAUCAAUGACAUGGAUGCUGGAAAAUUUCCCAGGCUGCUUUCACGCAUUCUGCAAAAGCUUCAUCUUAAGGCUGAGCAGAGUUUUAACGAAGAAGAAGAGGAAAAACUUCAAGCAGCUUUUUCAUUGGAUAAGCAAAGUCUAAAAUUGGUCUUGGAGACUAUCUCUUUCAUUCUGGAACAGGCUGUGUAUCACAAUUUAAAAACUCCAGUGUUUCGCCAGCAGCUGGAGAACAUCCAUCUAGAGCCCAGUAAAACUGAAGCAUUUGCCAAUGUCUGGGAUAAUGCUGGGCAGGAGACUGUGGAGAAGUUUAGACAAAGGACUUUAACUCCAAAAAAGCUGGAGACGACUGCCUGGCAGCUCAACCUCCAGAUGGCUCAAUCCACCCAAGCAAAAAUGAAAUCUCCCCAGGCUGUGCUAGAACUUGGAGUUAGCACCGAAGACACAAAGGUGAAAUCACCAAAUCUAUCAGAGCAGAUUGGUACGAUGGGAAGCCACUCACCAAACACUGAAGGACAGAAUCUGGAGAAGAUAUUUGUGGAGUUUAACCACCAGGAGCUUUUGGAGUUUUAUAACAAGCUUGAGACUAUCCAAGCACAGCUGGAUUCCCUUACGUGAUGUCUUAAAGAUGGGCUCUUCCACUGCACUCCUGCCACCUCAUUAUUUUCUAUACAAGAUUGAUUGCCACGCUGUUUGUUAAAGGAAUCAAUGGGCGGCUUUCUGUAAAAUGAUAUGGCUUAUCUUCUCUUAGAGUAGCAACAUUAGUCGAGGGAGAUCAUUGUGAAGAAUGCCGAGAGUCUAAUUGACUUUCUGGUUGGGUUCUGUGAAUACUGGGUACAUUAUAAAUGACUGUAAUAGCGCAGAAGAAAGCAAUGAUCGUUCUGUUCACCAUUUAUAGGUCUACCAUAUCCUUUAUAUAAAAAGUGAGAAUUAUCUAAAGCAGAAUGUUAGGAAUAACUUUGAACUAAGGGUGGUCUGUAAGAUUUACAGGAUACAUUGAAGACUUUUCGCGAUCUACAUAUGUUAGCUAUUCUACGUCUCGGGCAACAAUUGACCAUUCUACAGCCACAGAUUUCCAUAAUGGAGUAGUUCAGCCCUCGGAUUGCCGUGAUGUUAAAACUUUUUCAUCUUUAUUUUUAGUUCCGUUUUUAACCUCCAGAUUCUAUGAUCAUAGGGCUUUGGAUAAGAGCCUGUAGGUUCAAAAUAUGUUGGUGGAGUAUGGUUUUAAGAAUGCGCUGAGGUUUAGCAAUAAAGAUAAAGAAGUUUUAACUUGAUGCUACUCUGCGUGCUUAAAGGGGUACUCCGCUGCUCAGCAUUUGGAACAAACUUCUGAACGCUGGAGCUGGCGCCGGGAGCUCGUGACGUCAUAGCCCUGUCCCCUUAUGACGUCA